AUGCCGCAGCACUUCGUGGACUACCUCCACAGAGUGGGGCGCCUCAGCAGAGGAGCAGCAGCAGGAAAAGUGACAGCGCUGCACAGGCGGCGGGACCGGCCGCUGCUGCAGGAGAUAAUGGCAGCAACUGCUGCUGCAGCUCCUGCUGCUGCUGCUGCUAGGCCUGCGGAGCAGCUUCAGCUGCAGCAGCAGCAGCUGCAGCACAUGGAAGAGCAGCAGCAGCAGCAGCAGCCGGCGCUUUCUGCAAUAACUUUCGUCAACAGCAGGACCAGGCGCAUACUUAAGCUGCAGCGGAGAUGGCAGCAGCUGCUUGACAUGAAAAUGAAGGCGGAGAAGAAACUCGCGGAGCUCCAGAAGAGAGGCAUCAUUCGCAAGUCCCACAAACUCCCCAGGCGUCCCGACAGCGUGAUAGAGCGCUGCGACGCGCAGCAGAUCCCAAAAGUGCAGAGAGGGGCUGACGGCCAUAUGCAGUUCUUUGGCGUUCGCCGCAGCAGGAGGAAGCAAGAAGAACUUCGAAUGCAGCAGGAGGCGGGGCGGUAUGAAGACCCGAGCAUUACAGUGCCUUUGGAAAAAACUCCGAAGUUUUCGGAAACGAAAAGAGUGGGGGAGAGGAGGCCUUUGUUUGCCUGA